AUGGCAAUCCCAGCAAGCAAUGGCAAAACGGUCCUUGUGACAGGAAUCGGUGGCUACAUCGCUGGUGUACUCGGCCACCUCCUACUCACAAAGGGCUAUUCUCUCCGAGGUACAACUCGGAAAGCAACAAGCGUUGAACCUCUCUUGAAAGGUGCAUAUGGACCGUAUGCAGACCGAGUAAAGAUCUUUGAAGUACUAAAUAUGACAGUCGACGGAGCUUUCGACGAAGCAGCAAAAGGCGUCGAUGGAAUCUUCCACAUGGCAUCACCCGUUGAUUUCUCAAUCACAACCUAUGAUGAAUCCGUCACUAUUGCCAAGAGAGGGAACGAGGUUCUCCUCGCGGGGGCGCUGAAAGCUGGUCCCCAGUUAACGUCUGUAGUUGUCACAUCUUCCGUUGCAGCUAUUUUGGAUCCAAAAGAGGAUCCCGAAUACUCAUAUACCGAAGUAGAUUGGGCUUUGGGUGCUUUGGCGCAGGCUGAAAAGGACAAGGAGGCGGGUGUUCCGACUCCUUCAGAACGCCUGUACGCUGCAUCAAAGACUGCUGCUGACCAAACAAUGUGGAAAUUCCGGGAGUCUCACAAGCCACCUUUUGCCCUCACAACCAACAACCCUUCCCUAGUCAUCGGGCCGCCAGCAAAUCUUGUGUCCCACCCCUCCAAGCUUAAUGAGUCAGUAGUACUACUAUUCAGUAUUUUGUCCGGUACAGCAAAAAGCAUCCCACCAAAGAACGGAUCGGGUUCCUUUGUCGAUGUCAGAGAUGUUGCAUACGAACAUCUUUGGGCCUAUGAGAACUCUUCGAAAGCUGACGGACAGCGAUAUAUUGCCUGCGAGGGGUUUGGACCCUCGCAAGCUAUUGCGGAUAUUCUAAGAUAUGCAUAUAAGGGCACGGCUAUUGCGGAGAAGAUUUUUGUUGGUGUUCCUGGGGAAGGGUAUUUGGGUUUUGAUAAGGAGACUGGUGAUGUAGGUGACGUGAAGUAUUUACCUGGGACAGUGAGAGUUAAUGGAUCGAAAGCGGAGAGGGAAAUGGGGUUCAAGUAUAUUACAUUUAAGCAGAGUGUUUUGGAUACGGUAAAGGUGUUCGAAUCUCUAUUAUGA